GGACAAAGGUCAAAUCAAAGAAGAAGCUGAAAUUGCUUUUAAAAAGUGGCCAAGAUGUCAACUUAGAAGAAAGUUACGUUUGAAUUGUCCUGACCCAAAUUGAUAAGUUUUGGUAGCCCAAAGGACAACUGUAGGGACUGAGAACCAGUCUAGAAAUUCAAGUUGUCCCAGAUCCUAUGUAACAUGUGGCCCUCCAUGAUUGAUGAGAAAGCCAGCACGGACCUGGGGAAGGGGGAGGGUGUAUAUGUGCCCCCUGUGACCGACCCUGCAGCCAGCAUGGUUCAAGGAAGCACAAUGCACUACUCAAUCUGUUGACAUCAUCAGCCAUGCUGACUGGAUCUGGAAAACACAUCGGAAGUUCCCAGAUGAGCAGUUUGAUUUGAAUUGUUCAAUGAAACCUGUCACAGGUUUUCAGUGCAGUGCAGUGCAGUGCAGUGGUUGAAGCUGUAUUUUUCUUUCUGGAAUGAAUUUUUUUUUUGUUUUCAUUAUGUCCGUCAGCUCCGGAAGUGAGUUGACAUGUUGUAGUCCGGAUCUCUUGGAAAAUAUUACCCUCAUGCUCAAAACCUCUACACCACAUCCUCAUUGUAGGGCUUGAUUUGGGGGGACAUCCGUGCGAUGGCAGCUUCCAUAAAAUGGUUUUGAUGUUGAUCCAUGUUUCGUGGACCUUCAUCUUUCAGAGGAGUUACUUUAUUGCGUGGGUGAUUUGUGUCAACCACAUCCAAUAGUCCAUAAGGCCAAGGUUCCGUGGAUGGCAAUUUGGUCUGUGAAUCACUUGCGGUACCGCAGCAGUGAAGGUGAAGAAUCUCGGCGUCGGUCGGUGCUCGUUGUGCGCCGUUUUGCCCUAAUAGCAUACAAACACCCCAAUAUUCUGUUCUUAACUUUCUGGUUGACUUUGUUAAAUUCUCGUAACGUGCCACUGGAAUGUCUGCGGUUUUAUUGACUAAGGCCGUGUCCGAAACGGGCUUCCAGAGCUACGGCUAGGUCUAUUUUCUAAGCGUCUACACACAUUUCCAAUGGAGGGAAGACCUAGACCUAGCUCUAGACAACAGAUUCGGAUGCAGCCAAAGUAUCAAUACUCAGUCAUAUUGGUCAGAUUUGAAUCCCAGACUCUGUAAGUGACAUUUCAUUCUAAUACCUGUAUUUCUCCUGGGACUGUUUCUAUAAAUAAUUGCCUCACUCUGUUGAAAGGAGUACAGAAUCAUUACUUUUUUCAGCGUGUCUGAUAUUGUGUAGUGAACUUCACUUUAAUCCCUCGAUCUGGAGUUGUUGCCAUGGUUUAUGAAUUCAUAAGAUCACAGUAGGCCAAGAUUUGUACAAAUAGUCAUUUUGUGUGGCCGUUCUUGGCCAAUACGUGGCGUGGUGUCAGGGUGGCCAUGUGCUAAACAGUACUCGUGACCAUGGAGUUGGUGGUUAUAAUGGGCCUGACUCAUGCAAUUACUUCAUGUACGUAAAACUUGCCAAGCUUUGAUAGCAUUCAUUUGUCGACAUUGAGCAAACCCAAAUCACAAAGUGCUCCAGUUAUGUGUGAAAAUGUUUAUUCACCGCUUCUCUCCCCAAGAUAAGAAAAAAAAAACAGUGACUGAGUGAAACCUGAUGCUGGCAAGCAAGCUUGAUUACUGCCCUUUUCAUUCCUGGUCAUUUUUGAUUGGUCGGUUCACCUUUCCCAGUGAUCGAUAGCUGUGGAGGAAGUGUGUAUUGUUAUAUUGCCCCAGAACUUUUACAUUGUAGAAAGUUUGUAAUCUAGUAUUGGGGUUGUAUUAACGUAACAGGAAUUGGCUCCAGUGCAUUUCCCUUUUAUCUGUAUUAACCUGGGUGAUAAAUAGUUGGUUUCCUUGUUGCGCUCUUGGUCUUCUUAAUCCGGACACCAUUUCUCCGUCUGAAGGUGAUCCAAGCAAGCGAGGCCCAUUGGCAAUGCCGUGUGUGACCUGUGGAUGACUUUCCCCUUGUGCAUCUGUUACAAUUCAGUUACAAUAGAUCAGCCAGCUCCUUUUUUUGGUUUUUUUUUUUGGAUUACAACAAGCUGCUUUCGUUUGACGCUAAACGGACACUGACAGUGUUUGGGAUUUUGCUCAAGACAUGAAGGGCUUGGUUUUGGCCGUGGUGGCCUUGGGUCUAAUCGGGGCUGCGUGGAUUCCGGUCUUGGCUUUCAAUGUCAACUCUGAAGUCCGUGACGUGAGAACUUUCCAGGGACCGGAGGGAUCGAUGUUUGGGCUGACAGUGCUUGGACAUCACAGCGGCAAGGGCAUCGGGGACAGCUGGGUUUUAGUCGGAGCGCCCAAUAGCACCUCGGAAUAUCAGCCUACCCUUCCUGGACCACCGGGGGCACUAUAUAAAUGUCAGCUGCCCGGGGACGGACGUUGUACUCAAGUCCUCCUGGAUAAUAAAGGUAAUGAGAUAUACGAUGUAUCGCAUCGAAGGGUCGAAGAUAAAAAGGAUGGGCAGUUUCUGGGUGUGGCUCUCACCAGGAAACCGGGACCAAAUGGAAAAGUCGUCGUCUGUGGUCACAGGUGGAUCAAUCAGGACCACGCCACCCGCUACCCAAACAGUGUGGAUUCCAUCCUGUACUAUGCCAGGGGGAUCUGCUACAGCAUGGACUCCACUCUGCAGUCAGUAGAAGUCGUGAGGCCUUGUAUUUUGGACCCAAGCAGCGACUGGUGGCGUUGCCUAGCCGGUGCCAGUGCCGAGUAUGCCGUCGACGGGCAGACGCUCAUGCUGGGAGCCCCGGGGGCCAUGUACAAUCUGGGAUCAGUGAUCACUGUCAAGGGAGAUCAGAUGAAUCAUAUUGGGCGCAUUUGGAAUCACCGUAUCCCUAACCACCAGUAUCCAUACCUAGGUUACUCCCUGACGUCGGGCCAUUUCUCCAGCCCUACUGCUCUGGAGGGGGCGACGGGCGGUCCGAGAUACAGAGAUCUUGGUACGGUCUACAUCUUUGAUUUGGAGCAAGCCAGCGUGGUGAGGCAAUUCAUUGGAGAACCGGUGAACUCGUACUUUGGGGCCAGCGUGGAGGCAGCCGAUCUGAACGGUGACGGAUGGUCCGAUCUGUUGGUUGGUGCCCCGCUGUAUUCCUCUAGUCAGGAUGAGGGACGCGUCUAUGUCUAUAUCAACGAUGGAAUGGGCAAUUUGGAGAUGAGGCACAAACUUGGAGGGUCCAACGCUGUAGGGGCAAGAUUUGGCUUUGCGAUUGAGAGUAUACCAGGGGACUUGAAUAAAGAUGGAUACCCAGAUGUUGCCAUCGGUGCUCCAUACGAGGAUGAAACGAGUGGCGCUGUGUACAUUUACCAUGGAUCUAUCAGCGGCAUCAACCCCAAAUAUUCACAGAGGAUAGCCGGCAAGAGUUUUAAUCUGGUCAGCUUUGGUGCCGCACUGUCCGGUGCCCUGGACUUGGAUGGUAACAGCUAUCCUGAUCUGAUCGUCGGCGCGCAUCUGAACAACUCGGUGGUUUAUCUCAGGACCAAGCCGGUCAUUUACAUGCAAGCCCAAAUGGACCUAUCACCUCCUACGCUGGUACUCCGCAAUGCCAGUGACGUCAGCAGACAGCCCAUCACGUGCACCGUGAGUUUCUGCAUGACGUACAGCGGUGUCAGUGUGAACUCCUCCCAAGAUGUCGUAUACACAUUGGAAGCUGACACCAAGGUGUCAUCCAUUCUGCAGUCGAGGGUUUACUUCGGAUUGUCAGUUUCGACCUCAACUGUUGAGGAGAUGAUUUCCCUGGUUACCGGUGCCCAAAAGUGUCUCAACCAUACCCUAACCGUCAAGAGCUUUGUGCAGGACUUUCUGAAUCCCAUCACCGUCCAGCUGUCUUACCGGCUGAGGGAUAGCAGUGACCCGUUGGCUCCCGUGCUGAGCCCGUCAUCAUCGAGUGGAAUUCAAAAAGAGAUCGGUUUUGCCAGAGAUUGUGGUUUGGACGACAUCUGCGAAGCAGAUUUGCAGUUCGUCAAUUAUUCUUACAGCCUCUUGAGUGGUCGGGAGGACAUCUUUUUGGGAGCUGAUUCUAUUGUCUACAUCACUGCCAAGAUAGCCAACGUUGGGGAGGAGGCCCACCGUGCCAGGCUGGUCAUCACGCACCCAGAGAAUGUGGUCUACGAGGCCGUGGGAACGCUCGCAACUACAGAGCUGAUGCCAGUGAAAUGCGAGCCUGUGUCCUUGGAGGACGGCAGCAAUCCGUACGUGGACUGCAGCAUUGGGAAUCCGCUGAAGAGUAACGGCGAGGUGACCCUGCAAGUGCGUAUGGACAUCGGUAACUUGGCACCAAGCCAAACUGACUUGAAUGUGUCGCUGGUUCUCUCCACCAGCAGCACUGAGCUUGAGUUGGGGGACAAUGAGGCACUGGUCACCAUACCAGUCACCGUACUGGCAGACGUGACCGUGAAAGGGGCAUUCACUCCUGAGCAACUUGUGUACAGACAAGACAAAUACAACUUGAGACAGUACUUGGGAGAUGUCUUGGCAAUUGUCCAACGUCUGCGCGACGCCCAGACACUGUCGACUCCCGCCGACCCACCAGUAGCCUUUAAUGUAGGCAGGGACAGGCCGGAGGGCGCUGUCAGCAUCACAGAAUCGCCGCUAGUCAUAGGCACGCCCAAACUGAGCGACCAACCGGACCAAGACCGAGACCUGGAGGAGAACGUUGAAACGUUUGUCAACGAUACGGAGAUCGGGCCGACAUUUGUGCAGAAGUUAGAGAUCAGUAACUUGGGGCCAGGUCGUGUGCCUUACGCUAGCGUGGUGAAUGUCUCCAUCCCGUGGAGAACACCCAAGGGAGACUGGUUGAUCUUUAUCACUCAGGUGCAGGGCAGGGACGGUGUUGAGGCCUGCAACCUUGAGAGCUUGCUGGAGGAACAGUACCAAGGCAUCUUGACGUUUUACAACAAGUCAUCAAAUGCCAAAGUGGACAGGAGCGAUAGGACGAAUCAGGAGAGAGAGAAAAGGGGCACAUUGAAAACCACCUUUGACUGCACUUCGGCGGAGUGUGUAACCGUACAAUGUGAGAUUGAGCCCCUGGCUGUUAGAGGCAGUUCUGUGAUUGAGGUCCACGCUCGUCUCUGGAAGUACUCCUUCUUAAAGUCUCGCUUUGGAUUGGUCACAAUGAAGACUAAGGCUGUGCUUGAAGUAAAAAAUCCCCAGGAUCUGUUCUCGCAGCCAGACGGCCACUUGCCAGACGAGACCACCGUCAAGAUCACCAUCUCAGCCCAGGACAUCGAAACGCCCAAGCUGCCCCUCCCGCCCUGGGUCAUUCCCGUCAGCAUCUCUGUGGGUAUCUUCCUGCUGAUCCUGAUAGUGACUGGCAUGGCUUGGGGGGGGUUCUUUCAACGGAAGAAAGCCGAGAAGCUGAAACAGAUGAGGCAGAGCCUAAUUCAGGCCGACCAACAAGAGGAGGAGCUUCUCCAGCCAGAAGGCGAGGCCAAGGGCUACCCGGAUAAGAGUGAAGCCAGAUACAGCUGAAGUCGCCAUGUGUGUCACCAGGAUUGUUUCCUUGGGGAAGUACUUUAAACCAUUAAAAGUUGAAAGGGGUCAAUUUCUAUUUUUUUUUUCAAGGAAGUUUGUAAUUUUCAUCCCUUUUUGUCUUUUUUUUCAUUUCUUUCAAUUUUUUCCCUCAUUCAAUAUUAUCCCACUUCUACCCUUUUGUGACGCCCAUAAAAUUUCCGUCAAGUACAUCAGCCAAGGAGACACUGUGAACAAUUUGGGCGAUUGGCAGUGGAGAAAUAAUACCCACCAGGGGCCCAAAAUGCUUUGUUAUUCUCAGUGCACCCUGAGAAAGGUCGACAUCUAAUUCCAACCUUGACCCAAUGGUGACUCUUUAUUUUCUUUUGCAUAUGCGUGCUUUCAUUUUAAAUUGUCUUCUCUCUGAAUAAUCUUAAUAUAUAUACAACGUAUUAGGCUUGGUUGUAUACAUAAUUUGGCUAUUUAAAAAUCUGCAUAAAUAUUCAUACAUCUUAUACAGCUAUUUAAAAACAAAUUUUGUUAUGCAAUUGAGGGCGCUCUUUAGUGUUUUUACUUGCAAGGUUAACCCCUUGGAGGUUUCUAUUUCUCCAGUCUAAUUUUUGGGGAAAAUUUCGAAACGGACAAAACUGCAAAUAUGGCAUUUAAAAGCACCAGAGUACAUCAAAGUCAUCACAGAAUACAUUCCUCAAUUGUUUGGUUGUUCUGGGUCGAAUUUCAAUUAAAUUACAAGGCUAAAUAAACCCUCAUAGCUUUUUCUCCAAUUUUGGAGGAAAUUCCUUUCAAUGGGACUAAAGAGUGUCAAAACACAUUUCCCAGGUGUCAGAGGAAAAAUCGGGGUUUGACCAACUUUGAAUAAAACUGCAAGGCUAACCCCUUUGCAGUUUUGUUUCAAAUUUCUGGUAAAUAUUAAAACUGGACUACACGGCACAGAGAGCAUGUGUAAGUGCCAAGGUACAUCAAAUUCAUUUCAAAAUACAUUACUCUGUUCGAGUAAAGCUCAUUUUUUUUAAAACCUAAUUUGAAUGAAAUUACAAGGCUAACCCCUUGCAGCUUUUCUCCCCAAUUUUGGGGAAAUUUUUUUUGAACUGACUUGAGUAUAUAGAAAAGCAUCUAGAAGUGUCAAAUUGUAUCAAAUUUUUCCUGCAAUGCAUUUUCAAUUUGUUAGAGAAAACAUCAGUUUUCAACCAAAUUUGAAUUAAAUUGCAAAGCUAACCCCUUGUGGGUUUUUUGUUCAAACAUCUAUACAAAAUUUAAACUGGACUAAAUUUCACAGAAACCAUGUAGCAGUGUCAAAUAGUUUUCUGAGUUGUUAGAGAGAAAAAAAAUUAGUUUUGACCGAAUUUUAAUGAAAUUACAAGGCUAACACCUUGUAGCUUUUCUCCCCAAUUUUGGUGAAAUUUUUUUUGAAUGGCCUAAAAUCCAUAGAUAGCAUUGUCAAAUACAUCAAAUCCUGUCUCAAAAUACAUUUCAGAGUUAUUAGAGAAAAUGUCAAUUUUUGACCAAAUUUAAAUUAAAUUGUAAGGCUAACCCCUUGUGGUUUGAAUUUUGAGUUGAAAAAUGAGAAAUUUAGAAGUUGCUGGAAAUUGCUCAUAAUAUUUUUUUGAGAUAAAGGAAAAGAAAUGAAGGUCUAAAAACUCUCCGCCUCCUCUGAAAAUGCAUUUCAGGGGGAUUGGAAGAAAAGUCCAAUCUUGGCCAAAUUUGAAAUAAAACAGCAAGGCUAACCCCUUGCAGUUUUACUCGAAUUACAAGCAAAAUGAAACCUGCAAAAUGAAUGACACUCAAAAGCAGGGACGGUAAAUCAUUGCAAUUGAAGCCAUAAAAUAAACAUUUAUUCAGGAAUGUCGUCUUGAUAUCACUUUCUUUUUUUACAUCUUUGACUUUCGAUGCACCGUUUUGCAUCACACUCAUCACAGUGAAAUGGUUCGGCGCCUUUCCAAUAUGUCUGUCUUUUGGCCUGUUCUGUACCUGCAUCUGUUCAUGUUUCACUCCGUUACGAUUUCAAUGAACACUCGGCAACGUGUGCCUGUGAUCACGUGGCCCACCAAAAAUGUGUCUAUGGAGAGGCGCCUGCAUGCGUCAUCGAUACUGGAUAAUCCUUUUUUAAACCUUCGUAUUAUAUGUUUCGACUACUUAGGAUUAGUAGAAACUGUGCCAAAUUAUAUGUAUAUAUAUGUUGUAUUUCUUUCAAUUUCAUUUAAGAGUUAAAUAUACUUUCCAAUGGAAAGUCAUCCAUUCUUUGUUUGUUAUAAAAACCACAGCAUGUCAACUCUUAUUGAAAGCAGUGCUAUUGUUAAAGAUUUAUAAACACAAUGUACAAAAUAUGCACAACUUUUAUAGACAGACAAUAAACCGAUGCCAAGCUGCAGAUCUUAAGCUAAA